AUGAGUAACGCACUUCCACUUGAUGAAUGGGUAGAGACUGCACGUCAAUGCAAAUAUUUACCAGAAAAUGAUUUAAAGAAACUUUGUGAAAGAGUUAAGGAACUUUUAUUAGAAGAAUCAAAUGUACAACCAGUUAGAAGUCCAGUUACCAUUUGUGGUGAUAUUCACGGUCAAUUUUAUGAUUUAUUAGAAUUAUUCAAAACCGGUGGUGAAGUACCAGAUACAAACUAUGUUUUCAUGGGUGAUUUUGUCGAUAGAGGAUAUUACAGUUUAGAAACAUUUACAUAUUUACUUGCACUCAAAGCUAGAUACCCAGAUAAAAUUACAUUAUUAAGAGGAAAUCAUGAAAGUAGACAAAUCACACAAGUUUAUGGUUUUUAUGAUGAAUGCCAACAAAAAUAUGGUAAUGUAAAUGCUUGGAAAUAUUGUACAAGUGUUUUCGAUUUCUUAACUUUAGCUGCUAUUAUUGAUGGUAAAGUACUUUGUGUUCAUGGUGGUUUAUCACCAAAAGUACGUACUUUGGAUCAAAUUAGAAUUAUUUCAAGAAAUUUAGAGAUUCCACAUGAAGGUCCAUUCUGUGAUUUAAUGUGGUCAGAUCCAGAAGAUAUUGAACAAUGGCAACCAUCACCAAGAGGUGCAGGUUGGUUAUUCGGAAGUAAAGUCACUGCAGAGUUUGAACAUAUCAAUGGUCUUAACCUCAUUUGUCGUGCUCAUCAAUUGGUACAAGAAGGUUAUAGAUAUAUGUUUGAUAAUAGUUUAGUCACUGUUUGGUCUGCUCCAAACUAUUGUUAUAGAUGUGGUAAUGUCGCUUCCAUCCUUUCACUCAAUGAAAACUUGGAUAGAGAUUUCAAAAUUUUCCAAGCCGUUCAAGAAGAAAGAAAUAUACCAACUCGUCCAACUAUGCAAUAUUUCUUUUAA